GGUCAGAGAGUGGCAGCUGAGGGAGGACAAGUAGUGAUAUCAUUAUGUCAAAUGAAUAAUUAAAAAGAGAAAACGAACACAUUUAUACUCCAUUGGAAUAAAGAAGAAUAAAGUCAUUGCACGCGGCGAGGCGUAAAGAACGAUCAAGCUGGUGUUAUUCAGGUCCUCGGCUCUACCUGCCAUGUCAAGGCGGAACAGGAGCAGCCGUGCGUGGCGCUACGUGUGGAGCGGGAUCCGGCGGGACGCAGACGCCCGAGCGCUGGUGCUGGCCUCCGAGAGCGAGGAGUGGGGGUACGAGCGGCUGCAGUACAGCGACUCGGACUCGGAGCCAGAGUUCCCCAGUGUCACCCCAGCGGUGCCCAGCGCAGUCCCCGUGACGGGAGAGUCUUACUGCGGUUGCGACUCCUUGGCGGAGCCCAGCUACAACCCCCGGCUGAGGGGCUUCCACCGUGUCAAGGACUGCCACUGCGGAGAGGAUGACCAGGACUUUGACUGGGUGUGGGACGACAGCAGUAAGUCCACCGCCACCCUGCUCAGCUGCGACAACCGCAAGGUCAACUUCCACAUGGAGUACAGCUGCGGGACAGCCGCCAUCCGCGGCACCAAGGAGCUGGCGGACGGACAGCACUUCUGGGAGAUCAAGAUGACCUCGCCGGUGUAUGGCACUGACAUGAUGGUGGGCAUCGGGACGUCAGACGUGAACCUAGACAAGUACCGGCACACCUUCUGCAGCCUGCUGGGGAAGGACGAGGACAGCUGGGGGCUGUCUUACACAGGACUACUGCACCACAAAGGUGACAAGAUCAACUUCUCAACACGAUUCGGCCAAGGCUCCAUCAUUGGGGUGCACUUGGACACCUGGCAUGGCACCCUCACCUUCUUCAAGAACCGCAAGUGCAUAGGUGUGGCUGCCACAAAGCUGCAGAAUAAGAAGUUCUACCCCAUGGUGUGCUCCACGGCGGCCAAGAGCAGCAUGAAGGUGAUCCGCUCCUGCUUCGCCCCCACCUCCCUGCAGUACCUGUGCUGUGCACGGCUGCGGCAGCUGCUGCCCGACUGCGUGGACACUCUGAACGUGCUGCCCCUGCCCCCCGGCCUCCGGCACCUGCUGCACAACAAGCUGGGCUGGGUGCUCAGCCUCAACAACGGUGCCGUGGACGGGCCUGACCAGCCCGCUGACUCCCCAACCCCGCCCGGCUCCUACGCCUCCCCCGUCCCGUCCUCCGGGAGUGACUCGGAGGGCUGCUCCUCCGACCCCGAGGCCUGCCAGAGAAAGCGUUGCCGCUGGACAUGAUUGGCCCCUUCCCAACACGCACCUCACACACACCCACGUGCUCCUGCCUUUGGAGAGGAACGCUGAUGAACUCGAAAGGUCCAGGGCCAAACUGGCCGAUGGACGGCCACGGCUGGCCACUGAUAUUAUCCAUCACUUUGCAUUGAGGGCAUUCAGAUCUUGCUCCUUUUUAAUCAAACACUUUGGGUCAAGAUUGAUCUCUGUUAGUCAUACCAAGGUUCCAAGGACUUUACCUGUUGACUUUUCCUCCAAGGAAUGGCACAGUCAUGGGCCAUGUGCACAUAGCAGCUUGUUCAGAGGCUGUGGCUGUGGCCCUGAGGGGUCAAACCCCACCUGGAGAGGAGGUGAAAACUGGUUACUAGGAGUGCCCAUACAUUUAUAUAUAUAUAUAUAUGUAUAUUGAAGUGGCCCAACUUCCCAUGCUGUACCUUUGUUACCUAUGCUGUAUGCUAACCAGAAUACUCAUGGGCCAGAAGCCUCUAAACACCCCUAUACAUCAGAUGUGAACCAGGCACAGCUCUCUACUGCUAGGCUUGGGUGUUUUAAUAUGCAGUCGUUAAAAAUGGAACAACUUUCUCUUGGUUUGUUCCUUUUUAAUGUGUGCUUGCUGUAAAUAGCUAGUUUUGUUACUGUGGUCAUUUGUGAAACAAAACAA